ACGUAUAAUGUAGUGGACGGAACGCUUCUUUCAACAGCAGCAACAGUUCGUCGGAAACCUCAGUAGCUUGAUAGACAACAGAGACGAAACAAUAAAGCUCUUUAGACGCUUUAGUGUAUAUUAGCCGCUGUAUAUGUCGUCUAGCGUUAGUUAGUUAUCCGAUUUAAUUUCAUAUGUACGGUGUUUUUGUUCUUGGUCAGCUAGCGGGCUGGUUAAGUUAGCAUUAGCCUAGCUAGCUAACAUCUCUGACCAUGAGUUCACUAAGCUGCUCUCCUCCUGAUGAAGAAGAGGUGGUCUGCUGGACGGAGAAAGAAGCUCUGGUGAAAGAGGAGGAGGAAGUUACAAUACAAAAACAAGUAGAGGGUGAGGCUGUUACGGUGAAAGAAGAAGAGAAAGACGUCUCAGUUAAAGAAGAGGAAGAUACGUUCAGAGUGAAAGAGGAGGAGGAUGUUACAGUAAAAGAAGAUGAUUUUACUGAAGAGAUGGAGAAUGCCGUUUUUGGAGUGAAAGAGGAGGAGGAUGUUACAGUAAAAGAAGAGGAGGAAGAGAAAGAGGAGGAUGCAGUUUUUGGAGUGAAAGAGGAAGAGAAGGAGAUGACUGUCACAUCUAAAAUGGAGGAGGAAGAAGAAGAGGAGGACACUGGAUAUCUGGGCCCGGUUUCCCAAACGCAUCUUAUCUCAUCCAAUGGUUCUAAUGAUGAACUUAACCGUAAGAUGGUUUUGAGAAACCGUUCCCUGAUUAACACUAGGGAGAGACGGGACUAUCGUGGGUCCUCUGGGGAGCCUCAACAACAUCAUGAAGCUGACGAGGCAGAGGAGAGUCUCUCCAGAUCAGAACACCUCAAGAAACACCAGCGGAAACCCACAGGAAGAAACUUCACCACUGCUCAGACUGUUCUCUAG